AAAAUAUGGUUAUUCCUGGCACAAAUCUUUUUCAUAAUUGCACCUUUGUGUUGGAGUUUGAUAGUUUGACGCGAUUCAAAGUAAAGCAGUGCUGGAGGAGAAAGAUUACUGAAAAUGGAGGAACUGUAUCCUACGUCUUUACUCGUAAGACAAACUAUGUUGUACUUUUUGGUGAUAUGCUGGAAAAAUCCUCCUACAAACAGAGGCAAGCUGUUCGACACAAUGUCCCAGUUGUUCGGUGUGAGUUCAUCACAGACAGCAUAGAACAACAUGAGAUUCUGUCGACAGUGAAAUAUGAAGUUGGAGAGCCACUUACUGGGAAGAAUUUCAGAAAAGGACGAAUAUCAAAAUUGCAGAAGGCAAAAACUUACCUUGAUCUAAAACGUCGCAAGGCUGUGAAUUUAAAUGCCUUAAAAUCGUGGUCAUUGGAUGAUCCAGAGGCCCCUUCAGCCAAUGAUGAUAAGUAUGAAGUGGCAAAAUGGGCCCUGCUAAAGUCUUUGAAAAUGGUUCAUGUUAUUGAGGUUCAUGCCCUGACAUCUAGUGAGAAGUCUGAGAAGUUUAGACUUUAUCAUCAAGGGGGGCAACUAGAUGGAGAGCACAUCCAGGCUAGAGAGGGGCCUGUUGUUUGGUAUCUGGACACUGCAGAUGAAGUUCUAAUUUGCUUUGAACAAUUAUACAAGAGGUACACAUCAGGUCUGAUGAAUAUGGAGCCAUGGCACACACCAAAAUUUAUCUCCAAUCAAAUAGGAUCCCACAAACUGAAGAUGAUUUUGGAUGAUAUUUGUUCCAUGCACAAUGACCUUGACCCAGAUCUAGGUCAGUUUGUUGAGAUGAUCUGGAAUGAGGCAAUACAAGAAGCUGAGAAAAUGUUAACCAUCUCCAUGCAACAUACAAAGAUAGAUAAAGUGGAUGAUGCUAUGGCCAUUUUAAAGCAGAUCAAGCAAAUUAUGAAAGAGAACAAAUCAGAUAAUCGCUUGCCUGAGCUGGUGGAGGAGUUUUAUAGGGAAGCCCUUCCCCACAAACAGCAUUACAUAACACAGGACCUGAGUCCAAAGAUGAUCUCGGAGAAACUAGAUCUCUGCCAGCUGAUCUAUGAUGUACUGACUGUCAGUGAAGCCACAGACUUCUCUCCUGCUGCCAGCACUGUUGCUAAGUACAGGGCACUGAGAUGUCACAUGACAAAACUGAACCAAUCAAGUGUCCAGUUUCAAGACAUUCGAAACAUCUUCAGUAAUAGAGAACAAAGCAUCACAAUCCACCAUGUUUUUGAAGUUGGGAGAACUUUAGAAGACAUUUUAUACCAGGAAAUGUCUGGUUUGAUAGGGAAUUCUCAGCUGUUGAUGCAUGCUUCAGGGCCUCAGAAUCUCCUAGGUAUUCUGUCAAGGGGACUACUUUUACCUCAAGCAGUAGAAGAAGAACAUGGAAUUACCAGAACUGAUGGGGGAAAGCUAGGAUAUGGAAUCUACUUCUCCAAUUCAUUUGAAACCUGCCUUCAUUAUGCUGAGCCUAGUCAUGGCACAGGAAUGAGGAUGCUGAUAGUCUGUGAUGUUGCACUAGGAAAUUGUUGUGACUGUACAACUCUACAACCUGAUCUUACGGCACCACCUACUGGAUACCACAGCUGUCAUGGUGUCAAAAUGACAGAGGAAAAUAUUACAGAUUUUAUGGAUGAUGAGUUUGUGAUAUACAACACCUCACAACAGAGAGUUAGAUAUGUCAUUCUCUUCACAGUCCCCAGUGAUCCACCCAUUUGUUCAAUCCCGACAAAACCUGAAGAAGAGGAGAAUAUGGCAGUCACAUCAAGUUCUGUUGAUAUUACUGACUUAAAGAACCUCCCUGAUCCUCUAUCUAAAGUGACUGGUGGUUUGAUUGGCAGUAAAAAGUCCAUCCAAAUCCCACUACGAGGGGUUCAUAUCAGGGCCAAGGUCAUAGACAUGGUAGCAAAGGUGGUGGUUCUGCAGACCUAUAAAAACAACAUGACAGAGCCUAUAGAAGCCAAGUAUGUCUUUCCUUUAGAUGAGACAGCAGCCGUGUGUGGGUUUGAAGCAUUUAUAAAUGGAAAGCACAUUAUAGGAGAAAUCAAAGAAAAGAAGACAGCUCAUCGUGAGUACAGAGAGGCUAUCAGCAAAGGUCAUGGCGCAUAUUUAAUGGAUGAGGAGGAGCCUGACAUAUUUACUGUGAGCGUUGGAAAUCUCCCCCCAAAGUCAGAGGUCCUAAUAAAAGUCACAUACAUCACAGAGCUUAAAGUGGAGGGGGAUAGUAUUGCCCUGACCAUUCCAGCAACAGUAGCGCCAUGGGUCAAAGAAUCAGCGCUCGCCCAACAAACUCAGUCAGAAUCAACAGUUUUACACAUCAGUGACCCAAUGGAUUGUCAGAUAUCGCUACAAGCUGCUAUAGAGAUGCCUUUUGAAAUAAGGUCACUGAAAUCAAGUACUCACAGACUGAAGUACAAAAAAACUGCCACCAAGGCUGUAGUUGAGAUACCAAAGAAAUGUGAGUUUACAGCAGGAUUCCAGCUACUGAUUACGUUAGCAGAGAUCCAUGUUCCUCGUAUGUGGGUCGAGUGUCAUCCAAAGAAAGACUUACGGGCAUGUAUGCUAGCUUUCUACCCUGAGUUUGAGGCAGCGAUUGACCCCAGCCCAGAGAUCAUAUUUCUACUGGAUUUGUCUAACUCUAUGAAGGGGGAUCCAUUCAGAGAUGCCAGAAAAGUUAUAUUACUGGCUCUCAACAGUCUCCCAGAGAAGGCUUCCUUUAACAUUGUAGCAUUUGGAUCAUUCUUUAAAGAGCUCUUCCAGUUUCCCCACAAAAUUACAAAGAAUUCUACAGAUGAGGCUGUAAAAUACUUAGAGGCUGCCAAUCCUGUUAUGGGAUGCAGUGAUGUGUUGUCUCCCUUGAAAUCUUUUUUCUUGCUAAGUCCUGCAGAGGGCAGUAGGAGCAUCUUUUUGAUAUCUGACGGAUUUGUUGGCAACAAGGGGGCUGUGUUUAGAGCUGUUGCCACUAACAGCACUAAAAAUAGGCUGUUUUGUCUGGGAGUUGGGAAUAAUAGGGAUAGUCAUACAUUACGUAGCUUGGCUAAUCACGGAGGAGGGACGUAUGAGUACUAUAACAGCAAAACAAAGUCAAAAUGGCAAGCCAAAAUUGCAUCACAAAUAGAGCAGGCCACAAGACCAGGUAUAUCACAUGUUAAAGUUGAGUGGGGUACAUCCACUAAUAAGCAGGAUCCACCCCUUCAGGCACCUUGCCGGAUCCCUAGUUUAUUCAGUGGGUCCAGACAAGUGGUCUAUGGAUUUGUCACUAAUUGUACACAGGCAAAAUUGAUGGCAAAUGUUGAUGGACAAGAAUUUGAAACAAUGGUUUCAACAACUGAACUUAAUUUUACUGAAGGAAAGAUGCUGCACCAACUGGCUGCCAGAGCUGUCAUUAGAGAUUAUGAAGAUGGAGUUUUGAGUGACCAUAAAGUGGACCAAAAGAUGAUAAAACAGGAGAGAAAGCAAGACAUCAUUGAGCUCAGUAAAGAGUUUGGUAUCGUGACUCCAUAUACUAGUUUUAUAGCAGUGGAAGAAAGAAGUAAGGGGGAGGUAACAAAGGGUCCAAGCAUUCAGGAGUUGCUGAACAUGGAAUCUGUGGAUAUUUUGACAUACAUGGGAUGGAUGAACCCAGACGACAUGGAUGACAAGGACCCUGUGCAGUGUGUGGAGGAAUUGCUAAGAAAGGCAAUCAUUGCAGAGAGCUUCUCCCAGAUAGAGGCAGAGAGGUGUUACCUGUCUGUCCUGGAUUACAGAACAGACCUAAUGGAUGAAGAAAACAGAGAUUUGGCAGAAAAGGUUUUGGAGGCAACUGAUAAAUUUUUUUCCAGUCAAGAUUCUGAAAGUGCCAGAAAAAUUCAGUAUCAGUUCCACAAAUCUCUUCCUGUUCCUAAACCACUGAUUGUGAAAACACUGACAGGAAGAUCUAUACAAGUAACAGCUGGCUCUGUGGCUGAGCUGAAAUCAGAAAUCAUGAAUAAAGAGGGACUACCAGAGGACUGUAUACGACUGAUUUACAAUGGAAAACAACUGCAAAACACAGAUUAUUUAGGUAUGCCUGCAAAUUCCACCAUAUUUCUAGUUCUUCGUUUGAGGGGAGGGCCACCACAAUUCAUAUCAAGUGCAUCAGUACCAGAGAUCCCACAGAUUGCUGCAGCUGGAAUGGAACUAGAAUCAUUUAGAUAUCAAAACACACAUAUGGACAUGGCAGUUGAAGAUGGUGUGAUGUCAAUGUCAUCCAUUAAACAGAGUUUGGAUGGGGAUCCAUGCAGGGAGGAAGAUGAGGGUGAAGAUUCCAACAUGGAUAUUGCUGAGACAAGUGAAGAUUCAAAUGUGGAUAUUGUGGAGACGAGUGAAGAGGAAAAAGAUAAAACUGAGAAACCUGCAAAAGAAAAAUCAUCAAAAGAGGUGAGUGAAGAUGAAGAAGAGAAGAAAGAUAAUGGGAAAAAAUUGGGAUUUAAGACCAAGCCAUUAAUGUAUUCCAAAAGGAAGUCUUUGAGUAUUAUUGAUCAGUAUAUUGAAAAGGAAGAGGAUUCAAGUGAAGAGGAUAGAGAUUUAGUAAAGGAACUUGACAAGAUUUUUUUGUCAACAAAAGUGAGUGGAAAAUUCCAAAAGAAAGAUAAGGGAAGAGGGUUGGGAAUACACACCAAGCCAUUGAUCUAUCCCAGAUUAAAGAGGUUUAAUUUUGAGGACGAUGAGAUAACAGAUUCCGAUGUGACAAGUGAAGAGUCGGAAGAGGAGGAGGAUGAAGGCGAAAUGGUGUCCAAGCCAUUAAUGUUUACCAAAGGAGGGCGCACUACUGUUCAGAAAGAGAAGGAAAAAAGAUCAGGAUUGAAGACCAGAGGAAAAGGCAUUAAAUGUGAUAAUAUUGAAAAAAAUGAGGAUGGAAAACAAAAAACAACUUUCACUGAGCAACUCGCUGAGGAUGAGCAUGCACUGAUGGAGAUUAGAAUGGAAUCACAUCAAUCCAAGGGAGUGAACAUGCCACUAGAAGAUAUUUUUAGCCUUCUUGACAAAGAAGAAAAUCCUAAGAAAGCUGAAGAGUUGGUUUGUCAAACAGAGAAUACUGCAACUAAUCAGUAUCUAAUGAAUCUAGAUGAAAGCACAGCUUACUAUGACCCAAAAUCUAGAUUCAUGAAAGCAGAAAUUUCUCGAAAUCAGAAUGAAUCAGACAAAAUCGAGAAACAUGUGAUGAUGGAUAACCCUAAGGUGUCAUUAGAAAUUCUUGAUGAUUUGAAAGUAGAUGUUUGUACAGAUUUUAACCCAAACUUAAAAGCCCCUGAACUUUUUGAGCAGCAGAAUAAAGGGUGGCUGAGUAUUUUGGAAGAGCCAGGCAAAGUAUAUUGCCAGAAGGACAUGUUUGCAGAUGUUCCAAUUCCAGAAUCAUGCGCUCCUGCUGGAAUAGCGAUACCUAUGUUUAAUACAUUUGGUCAAAAUCCACCCCCGUUCUCUGCAACAUCACCAGCAGAUUAUCAAUUUUCAACAGUGCACAGUCCAACUUCACCAACAUAUGGUGCACUUUCACCAUCAUAUGGCUCACAUGAACCAGCAUACAGUGAACUUCCACCAGUAUACAGUCCGACUUCACCAGCAUAUAGUCCAGCUUCACCAGCAUAUGCCCCAAUUUCACCAGCAUGGUCUCAAUACAUUCCAACUCUACCAACAUUCAGUGCAACUACACCAGCAUGCAUUCAAAAUUCAUCAGCACUUCUACCAAAUAUAGUAGUAAACAGCCAAAGUUUACAAUUGCCAAGAUUAUCGUCAAGAAAAAGAGCAGGAAAAACUGUGUCUACGCCAUUUUUUGAUAAAUCAGUAGAAAAUGACGAUCCUGCUGCUAAUGAAGCAAGCAUAUUAAAUAAAGCUAUUAAUGACUCUGAGAAUAGUGACAGGGGAAGUAAUUUAGAGAGGAGUCCUAAAAGCAGGGGUAAAGUUAUAAACAGUGACAGGGGAAGUAGUUUAGAGAGGAGACCUAAAAGCAGGGGUAAAGUUAUAAACACAGGUAGAGAUAGACCAAAGAUAUAUCAAAGCAGAAAUGAAAGAUUAAAGGGAUAUCAAGACAGAUCUAGAAGUAGAGAGAGACCAAUCUCAACGAAGUUACACAGAAGUAGAGGUAGGAAAUCGAAGAGGUUUUAUAGCAGAAGUAGAGAUAGAAGCUUAGAGAGAGAUCAGGACAAGAGUAGAGGCAGAAGAAGCGACAGAAGCUUAGAGAGAUAUCAAGACAUAAGUAGAGACGGAAGGUCAGAGAGAUCUUAUAGCAGAAGUAGAGACAGAAGGUCAGAGAGGUCUUCCAGCAGAAGUAGAGACAGGAGGUCAGAGAGAUCUUCCAGCAGAAGUAGAGACAGAAGGUCAGAGAGAUCUUAUAGCAGAAGUAGAGACAGAAGGUCAGAGAGGUCUUCCAGCAGAAGUAGAGACAGGAGGUCAGAGAGAUCUUCCAGCAGAAGUAGAGACAGAAGGUUAGAGAGAUCUUAUAGCAGAAGAAGAGACAGGAGAUCAGAGAGGUCUUAUAGCAGAAGUAGAGACAGAAGGUCAGAGAGGUCUUCCAGCAGAAGUAGAGACAGAAGGUCAGAGAGGUCUUCCAGCAGAAGUAGAGACAGAAGGUCAGAGAGGUCUUAUAGCAGAAGAAGAGACAGGAGAUCAGAGAGGUCUUCCAGCAGAAGUAGAGACAGAAGCUUGGAGAGGUAUAAAGACAGGCGUAGAUCUUAUAGCAGAAGUAGAGAUAGGAGAUCAAAGAGGUCUUAUAGUCAAAGUAGAGACAGAGGGUCAGAGAGAUUUUAUUGCAGAAGCAGAGACAGGAGAUCAGAAAGGUCUUUCAGCAGAAGUAGAGACAGAAGAUCAGAAAGGUCUUUCAGCAGAAGUAGAGACAGGAGAUCAGAGAGGUCUUCCAGCAGAAGUAGAGACAGGAGAUCAGAGAGGUCUUCCAGCAGAAGUAGAGAAAGGAGAUCAGAGAGAUCUUUCAGCAGAAGUAGAGACAGAAGCUUGGAGAGGUAUCAUAGUAACAGAGAUAGUAGCACAGAGAGAUCUUCCAGCAGAAGUAGAGAAAGCAGCUCAGAAAGAUAUCUAGUAUGGAGAGACAGAAGCUUAGGGAAAUAUGACAAAAGUAGAGAAAAGGGCUUUAAAGAGUCUCGGAGCAUAAAUAGAGACAAAUCCUCAAAAAGAAAGGACAGGAGCUGUAAGAGGAAAGAAAGCAGAGACAGGGUUUUAUGGAGACUAGAAAAUGGAGAUAGAGAUGGUAGAAAGAGAGAUGAAUUCUUGGAUAAGGAUGAAAGAGAAGGAAGAGAUAGAAAUGGAGAUGAAGGCUUUGAUACUUCUAAGUAUGAUCACAAGGAAACCAAUAUUACAGAAGAAAGGUGGAAGACCUUGGAAAUUCAGCUUGCAGAAGAAGAAUUGCAGCAGUCUAUUUGUAGUUAUCCAAACCAGUUUGAAGGAUAUGCUCGCAGCAAACAGAGGGAGGAUUACUUUAAAAAAGGAUCUUUGUUUUGUCUGCAAGGAACUGGUAGCAUAGAAAAACAAACAUGUUUUUUUGUGGAACUAUGGACCCGUCUUAAAGACAAAAAAAAAUUAAUCAGUAUCGAAUGGCCUGAUACACUGUACAUGAAUUUUGUACCAGAAUAUUUGCUGAACAUGUCAGGCCUGCAGCCAUUAGUGGAGGACUCAGUAACUGCAUCUGUGUAUCCAUCAAAGGCCCGGCCAUCUUUGAGCAAACUAGAUGUAGCUCUAACAUCAGGACUGAUGGGUUGUAUUGAAGCCAGGCAUAGAACAGGGGAAUUUGCACUCUUGCUGAUAGUGAAGACAUACCCCCAUCGACCCGUUUCACUUCUUAUCCCAGCAGAUUGUGAGGCAGUGGCCACUCAACUCCAGUCCCUUGUCAGACAACAUAAAGCCAAGGUAGCUGAUCAUUGUAACAAGAAGAAGGAAAUGGCUGCUUCAGAUGAACCAUACAUAAAUAUGUGGAAGGGCCUGAAAGAAUCACCAAUUGAAAUGGAUCUGGACAAACUACCAUCCCUUAAUGAGGCUGGACUGUGGAACUUGGAUGUAUUGAAAGCAGUUGGAGUUGAUCAAUUCAAAUUGGAGCAACUACUGAAAAAGCAGGGACUCCUUUCACUGCCAAAAUCUGUUCAAGAUGAAGGCCUCCCUAUAUUUUGUACAUUUUUGGUUGGCAUAUUCUGGUUUAUGCACGAGUUCAAACAACGAAGACUACCAAAAUGGCUGUGCAAGUGUGAGAACAUUAUGGAGAUAUCCCUUGAUGCAUCUUCAGUUCUUGUUCAGCUGCAGUGUAUGGAUGAUCCUGUUGGUAUCCAGUUUGAUUUCCCCCCAGAAGCGUACAUUCAUCUGCAGAAUAUCAAAUCAAAAUGGACACCCUACAUCAGACAAUUGGAGCUUGGGAAAAAUCUCACACAUCUUGUGGACUGUCUAUUACAGGCAUCGUAUGAGUAUAUGUAAUAUGCAAUCUGGUGAUAUUACUAACUGUGAUACUAAUGAUAUUACUGUGAUACUAAAAUUGUAUGAUGAACUAUUUUCAUAAGGAAUAAAUUCUUGUUUAUACAUGUAACACUUUUUUUUCAAUAUGUGAUACAUGUACAUGUAUUUAUAAAGUUGUUACAUAAAUUCUAUAUUUAAUUUUAUAAUUCAUCUAUGCACAUAAGUUUUACUUAAAGUUAAAUUAUCAUAUCCAAAAUGUAUAUGGAAAAAGGAGAAAAUGACAUUAAUAACUUUUAUAUCAGCUACUACUUAUAAAUUUCUAAAUAGAGAUACGCAAAACUUAUAUCUAUAGUCAUGUUACUGCCCACUGUAUAUGCACCAUCAUGUCUUAAGAAUUUUUAUUGUACAUUAAAGAUUUAUUCUUAAUGUCUUUUACAAGAGAAAUGUGUAUUUGAUUAAAUCGAAACUUUUGUA